ACUAUGUCCAGUUUAGAACAACAGCCUAUAAUGAAUACUAGUUAUCUGGCUCAACUGGCCCCCCAAGUACCUCUGGCACUGGCUCAACUGGCAGCACAAGCAGCACCAAAUCAACAACAGAUUUCAAGCCAACAACCAACUCAAGUUAAUUCUACUCAGCAACAGACCCAGCAAGCUACUCAACAACCCUAUGUUGUUCAGCAACCUCAACGAUCCUCUUCAACCUUGCCUCAAACCAGUCAACAACAACCUCCAAAUCAACUGCAACAGCCAUAUCAACAAUUCCCCCAAAAUUAUUACCCAGAUCAAUACCAACAAUAUCAACAAUUAUUAAAUGGAGCCAAUACUUCUAAUCAAUCAUAUUAUUAUAUGAAUCAACAACAACAACAACAACAACCUCAACAACAACCUCAACCUCAACAACCACAACAUCAAUCAACAAACGCUCCGCAAUACCCAUAUGGUGCAGCUCCUUAUAAUUAUUCGUUAUAUCAACAAUCAAUUCCUCAAAGUCAAAUCUCUCAACCUCAACCUCAACAUUAUAAUCAACUACCAACUGGUUCUUCGAAUCCUGCUGCUGCUGCUACCGCUGUUGCUGCUUCUGCUCCAACAACUGCUCCAACAACUGCUAAUACCAAUUAUACUGCUUCUACUCCAAUUCAAACUGAUACUUUAAAUACUGCCAAUACUUCUACUGUUGGUCAAUAUCAACCUCCAGGUAUUAGACCAAGAGUUACUACUACCAUGUGGGAAGAUGAAAAAACUUUAUGUUAUCAAGUUGAUGCCAAUAAUGUUUCCGUGGUUAGAAGAGCCGAUAAUAAUAUGAUUAAUGGUACUAAAUUAUUAAAUGUUGCUCAAAUGACUAGAGGUCGUCGUGACGGAAUUUUAAAACUGGAAAAAGUUCGUCAUGUGGUUAAAAUUGGCUCAAUGCAUUUGAAAGGAGUGUGGAUUCCUUUUGAAAGAGCCUUGGCAAUGGCUCAACGUGAAGGAAUUGUUGAUUUAUUAUAUCCUUUAUUUGUUAGAGAUAUUAAAAGAGUUAUACAAACGGGAGUUACCCCAGCUGCUUCUGCCGCAGCAAAUUCAAAUCAAUUAAAACAAUCAACUCCAAUCACCCAAGCAGCAACUGCUAAUCUUCUGAAUAACGGUACUCCUGCCACCACUAAUCCAAAUCCAAACGUGGCAGCUGCUCAAUUAUCUAGUUAUUAUCAACAAUACUCUUAUCCAAAUGGUGCUGCAUCUACUAAUACUAAUCAAAAUAAUUCUACUGCCGCAGGUGGUUCAGCUAAUACUCCUUUAAGUACUCAUGCUACAAAACAAUCCCCUAUAGAUUCAAGACCUCAACAAUCUUCUCCAACUACCACCACUGGUAAUCUUCAACAACUUCCUCAACAAGCUCCAAAUGCUCCUCAACCAACUCCAGGUGCUCCUCAAUAUCAAUAUCAACAACCUUAUUAUCCAAACCAGUACUACCAGCCUUAUCCAAAUAAUAACUACUCUUCGUAUGGUGGUCAACCAGUCUACCCUGGUUAUCAAUACUUAAACCAAAAUUUACCGCAACCUCCUCCUCCAAAAUCUGAAGAUGGCAAAAAAAAAUAAUCAAUUUCAAUAAAACCAUUAAGCCUCUUUGUUUCUUUUAUCAACCUUGCUUAUUUUCGUUUAAAAGUCUUUUAUUAUUACUACUACUAUUAUCUUUUCUUUUUGUUGCCUAAUUAUUAGCCCCCCCUUUUUUUUUACCCUAUUUUAUUAUAAAAUUUUAUUCUACGU